GUAAACACCGCUGACAUGCUGUCUGCAAAAACGAGUAAAUAGUUUUGUUUUCGCUUUAACUUUUUAUGGCCAACUAUAUAACCCACAGUGCAACUGCAUUUACAACCUUAAAUUAAUCAACUCAUAACUAAAGCUUUUUUAUUUUACGACGUUGCUACAAACUCAUGGCCGUUACCGUUAGUCUACCAUGCUGUCGUCGUGACUUUCCUUCCACCUGCUGCGACGAGAAUGGACGUCAAGGAGACGAUGGCGGCGUUCAAACCAUUUGACGUCAGAAAGCAAGCAGACAUACUCGGGGAAGCAGAGCUGCCUCAAGCUUCCGUUUUGGUCCCUCUGUUUAUGAGGAGCGGGAAGCUACAUACUCUCAUGACCCAGCGGUCAGAACAGCUGAGGGUGAGUGCAGGCGAGGUGUGUUUCCCAGGCGGCAAGCGAGACUCCAGUGACAAAGACGCGGUGCACACGGCCUUGAGAGAGGCUCACGAGGAGAUCGGUCUUCCACCGGGUGAUGUCCACGUCAUCUGCACACUGCAGCCCUUUAUCACAAAGAAUUCUCUUUUGGUGACUCCGGUGGUGGGUUUCAUCCCGGAAUCAUUUCUCGCCUGUCCCAACACGGCAGAGGUGAGUGCCGUUUUUACGGUGCCAUUGGACUUCUUCAUCAGAUCAGUCACUGCCGCCAAGGCCACUUCGCUUUCCUUUGACUUUGUGGAGCCCCGUACGGAAGUUAGGUAUCACAUCUGGGGUCUGACUGCCAUGGUGGCCUUCAUUGUCGCCACCAUCGCGCUCACAUCAAAAGCAGAGGGUCAUGCAACUUUUGACAUAGAGGACUUGAUGUGCAGGCUCAGGCAGAGGUCACAACAAAUGAGGACACCAAGUAAACUGUGACUCAUUUGAUUAUUUCAUAUGAUUGGGAUGUGUACAGGAUAACUGGGCUUAAUUUUUACUGUAUAAAUGUAUAAUUCUAUUGUAUUUUCGAGUGAAAAGGACAAAGUGGUAGUGUUUAAAGCUGUGAUUUUCUGAAAAAAAGAAAAAUGUACAAUGAUGAAGCUCUAAGGGAAGAAGCAAUGUUUUCCCAAAUAGUUUUAGGAAUUAUGAGAAUUUAUUUCCUAUUGCUAAAUUUUUCUCAGAUUAUGAGUCCCAAUUUAUAAACUAUUUUUAUAAAUAAUGGGCCAAAUGCUUCUUUCCUGCAGUGUAUUUCUUUAUGUUGUACUUUUAAAAAAUAUUUAAAUAUGACUUACAGUUCUGGUUAAAAACAAAACUUGACCUUUUUGCCAUUUUGCCUAUUUUCCCCCAAAUAAAUUAAUCUGAUCAUUUGUAUUUCAUUCUAAUAGCGUAAUAGCUUGUCGUUUUUGAAGAUUAAAACAAUGAAUUCAACAAGGACAAUAUGCCUACCUUGAACAUUGAGAGAUACGAUUGCCAGGUGGAGAGUAGAUUGCCAUGACCUGGAUGCUUUGGAAUCUACACAGUACACAUGAAAACACAUUUCUUAGGAAGCGCAAAUAUUUUUAAUCGCUACUGUGGUUAUUAUGCUAUAAGGCUAACAAUUAUGAAUUUGGGAGACGUUUAUUUUUCCAAAAAUGUGUGAUUGACAACAACAAAAAGACCUCUGGAUUUGUUAUUCAUUUUUUAUUUAAUUUAAUGUAGCAGCAGGAUUACAGAGACAAACUGAAGAGAGUAUACAAAUGUCCAGACCAAGGCCAAAUACAUAAUAAUAAUUCAGAUGAAUGAUAACACACUGGGGUGCUUGACCAUUAUCCCUUAAUGCAGGGCUGUAAGGCUAAAUAUAUAUACUACGCACACACACGCACACACAAAAACAAACACGCACACAACUGAGAGAGUGUGAGAAAGCAAACAGAGGGUAAGCUCCUUUUGACUACAACAGGACGACAUACGGCUCACGCUAUUGGCAAUGAACAGUAACCUUUUUUUUUUUUUGCAUUUCACAGCGACAGUAAAUGCAGUGAAAGCGCGGCAGCACAAAAACACCCUUGCAAGGAAACAAUUGCCAUUAUUCUGUCCCUUUUUUAAACCUCAAUUCAAUCUCAUGAGGCACCCAAAAUAGAAUAUCAUGCAACGGUUGUUAAAAAAACAAACAUUAGCAGUAAAACAAACAGUGUGGGCUGUAAAAAUACAAAAGUGGGGAGUAUAGCGAGUUAACAGCAGAGACAACCUUUUCUUUUUUUUUUUUCUUUCAGUCAAGGCACACAAAGUUCUGUUGAAAGCGCCACUGUUGAAAUUCAACAUACCCCUGCAGUAUAUUUCACAUUUAAAUAUACACGGAUAUUCAUUCACAGAACAGUGAAAGACAGAAGUGUGUGUAAAAGGUUUUGUGUGCUUUCACCCCCCUGCUUCAGUUGAGUUUUUCUUCUUCAGGACCGACAAUGAUGAGAAAAUGUACACAUUAGCCACAAAACGUUCUCCGCAAAUUGGUCUGAUGUGCACAGAGCAUGAGCAAUGUUCCCCAACCCAGUACGAACCGGUCUCAUGGAAGUACAUUAUAACAUGAUAAGGUGUUCCGGUCACGACACACUUGGAGGGGACCCCGAGGAUGAGCCCAGGAUAUACUAGAGAGACUGCCUUCCAGCUGGUUUGGGAACAUCUCAAGAUUCCCCAGAAGGAGCUGGAUGAAGUGGCUAGGGAGAGUACCAUCUAGAGGUAAUCUUUUUACUUAUUCUCCAUGUUCCAAAGCUGUUUUGAUGGCUUCACCGCCUCUUCCACGAGCCUGUCACAUAUUAUAAUAUUAUAAUUUGACAACAGCUUUUGUUUAUUUAGAAGUUGUAGGCUUUUCUUCUGUCUUAUUAAAUUUCUUGUUCCCCUCCUUCCAAAGAAGCUCCUCAAAAUCUUCUUAUGUAAUUUUGCAAGCUUGUGUGCUUACUUUUUAAUUUUAACAAUUAAUGCAAUUUCCUAUUCUUAUCGUUUGAAAAUAUUUCUGCUGACCCCUCAAAGACCAACCAGCACACGUCUGUCCAAAACGUGCAAAUAUGUUCUUGAGACUGUUUCUAACGACCUGCAAACACUAUCCAGUUCUAUUGCAUCGGAUGGAUGGAUUGUAUCAAAAGGUACAUUCCUGAUGUUGUGUUCUCCUGAAAUAUACCUUCUCCCCAUGUCAUUCUCAACAUCAAGGCAUACCACAUCAUGUAGCAUUGCUCACAGAGCUUCAUAGCGAGCCAUUCUAGCAUUUAUUUGAUAUCCUUGAUAUUAAUCAUAAAGUCAAUGUACGUUGACCUCACUAAUAGCACAACGUUGACAUAAUAAUAGGACAACUACAUGCAACGUGACACAAUAAUAGGGCACCUACAUGUUUCUAGUUGGGCAAAAAUGUACAUGCAGCAUGGUACUUGUGACAUUAUAUAGAAUUGCACUACCUGUAUACUGAAUAUAGACUCCUUCACGAAAAACAAAGUGGCAAUGUGUCAUGUUAAUAAUACAAUUAUAAGCAAAUCUCAUUUUCAAAUGUCUUGAUCAUUGAUGUGAUGAUAAUUAUUUCAUAAAAAUGCUAAGUUGUGUAAUUUUGCAAAAUGAAAUAAUAAAUAAAUUAUUUUCCCACACAUUCA